AUGGAUCAUGCUGAAGAAAAUGAAAUCCUUGCAGCAACCCAGAGGUACUAUGUGGAAAGGCCUAUCUUUAGUCAUCCGGUCCUCCAGGAAAGACUACACACAAAGGACAAGGUUCCUGAUUCCAUUGCGGAUAAGCUGAAACAGGCAUUCACAUGUACUCCUAAAAAAAUAAGAAAUAUCAUUUAUAUGUUCCUACCCAUAACUAAAUGGCUGCCAGCAUACAAAUUCAAGGAAUAUGUGUUGGGUGACUUGGUCUCAGGCAUAAGCACAGGGGUGCUUCAGCUUCCUCAAGGCUUAGCCUUUGCAAUGCUGGCAGCUGUGCCUCCGAUAUUUGGCCUGUACUCUUCAUUUUAUCCUGUUAUCAUGUAUUGUUUUCUUGGAACCUCCAGACACAUAUCCAUAGGUCCUUUUGCUGUUAUUAGCCUGAUGAUUGGUGGUGUGGCUGUUCGAUUAGUACCAGAUGAUAUAGUCAUUCCAGGAGGAGUAAAUGCAACCAAUGGCACAGAGGCCAGAGAUGCCUUGAGAGUGAAAGUCGCCAUGUCUGUGACCUUACUUUCAGGAAUCAUUCAGUUUUGCCUAGGUGUCUGUAGGUUUGGAUUUGUGGCCAUAUAUCUCACAGAGCCUCUGGUCCGUGGGUUUACCACUGCAGCAGCUGUGCAUGUCUUCACCUCCAUGUUAAAAUAUCUGUUUGGAGUUAAAACAAAGCGGUACAGUGGAAUCUUUUCAGUGGUGUAUAGUACAGUUGCUGUGUUGCAGAAUGUUAAAAACCUCAACGUGUGUUCCCUAGGCGUCGGGCUGAUGGUUUUUGGUUUGCUGUUGGGUGGCAAGGAGUUUAAUGAGAGAUUUAAAGAGAAAUUGCCGGCGCCUAUUCCUUUAGAGUUCUUUGCGGUUGUAAUGGGAACUGGCAUUUCAGCUGGGUUUAACUUGAAAGAAUCAUACAAUGUGGAUGUCGUUGGAACGCUUCCUCUAGGGCUGCUACCUCCAGCCAAUCCGGACACCAGCCUCUUCCACCUUGUGUACGUAGAUGCCAUUGCCAUAGCCAUCGUUGGAUUUUCAGUGACCAUCUCCAUGGCCAAGACCUUAGCAAAUAAACAUGGCUACCAGGUUGACGGCAAUCAGGAGCUCAUUGCCCUGGGACUGUGCAAUUCCAUUGGCUCACUCUUCCAGACCUUUUCAAUUUCAUGCUCCUUGUCUCGAAGCCUUGUUCAGGAGGGAACCGGUGGGAAGACACAGCUUGCAGGUUGUUUGGCCUCAUUAAUGAUUCUGCUGGUCAUAUUAGCAACUGGAUUCCUCUUUGAAUCAUUGCCCCAGGCUGUGCUGUCGGCCAUUGUGAUUGUCAACCUGAAGGGAAUGUUUAUGCAGUUCUCAGAUCUCCCCUUUUUCUGGAGAACCAGCAAAAUAGAGCUGACCAUCUGGCUUACCACUUUUGUGUCCUCCUUGUUCCUGGGAUUGGACUAUGGUUUGAUCACCGCUGUGAUCAUUGCUCUGCUGACUGUGAUUUACAGAACACAGAGUCCAAGCUACAAAGUCCUUGGACAGCUUCCUGAAACUGAUGUGUAUAUUGAUAUAGACGCAUAUGAGGAGGUGAAAGAAAUUCCUGGAAUAAAAAUAUUUCAAAUAAAUGCACCAAUUUACUAUGCAAAUAGCGACUUGUAUAGCAAUGCAUUAAAACGAAAGACUGGAGUGAACCCAGCAGUCAUCAUGGGAGCAAGGAGAAAGGCCAUGCGGAAGUACGCUAAGGAAGUCGGAAAUGCAAAUAUGGCCAACGCAACUGUUCUCAAAGCGGAUGCAGAAGUAGAUGGAGAAGAUGCUACCAAGCCUGAAGAAGAGGAUGGUGAAGUAAAAUAUCCCCCAAUAGUGAUCAAAAGCACAUUUCCUGAGGAAAUGCAAAGAUUUAUGCCCCCAGGGGAUAACGUCCACACUGUCAUUUUGGAUUUCACUCAAGUCAAUUUUAUUGAUUCUGUUGGAGUGAAAACUCUGGCAGGGAUUGUAAAAGAAUAUGGAGAUGUCGGUAUAUAUGUAUACUUAGCAGGAUGCAGUGCACAAGUUGUGAAUGACCUCACUCGGAACAGAUUUUUUGAAAAUCCUGCCCUAUGGGAGCUGCUGUUCCACAGCAUUCAUGAUGCAGUUUUAGGCAGCCAACUUAGAGAGGCACUUGCUGAACAGGAAGCCUCGGCUCCCCCUUCCCAGGAGGACUUGGAGCCCAAUGCCACUCCUGCCACUCCUGAGGCAUAGAUGAGGACCUCA